GGGGGCGCGAAGGAGCGCCCGGACCUGGCGAGGCCGCCGAGAGCAGCCGGGGCUGGGCCGGGCCGGGCCUCGGCGAGCAGGCGGCGGCAGAGGCGGCCGGGGCCAUGCCGGGCUUCGACUACAAGUUCCUGGAGAAGCCCAAGCGGCGGCUGCUGUGCCCGCUGUGCGCCAAGGCCAUGCGGGAGCCGGUGCGCGUCUCCACCUGCGGCCACCGCUUCUGCGACACCUGCCUGCAGGAGUUCCUCAGCGAAGGCGUCUUCAAGUGUCCUGAGGACCAGCUACCCCUCGACUACGCCAAGAUCUAUCCGGACCCUGAACUGGAAGCCCAGGUGCUGAGCCUCACCAUCAGGUGUAUACACAGCGAGGAGGGGUGCCGUUGGAGUGGAACGGUCCGGCAUUUACAGGCGCACCUGGGCACGUGCAGCUACAACGUGGUGCCCUGCCCCAACCGCUGCGGGUCCAAGCUGAGCCGCCGCGACCUGCCGGCCCACCUGCAGCACGACUGCCCCCAGCGCCACCUCAAAUGCGAGUUCUGCGGGGCUGACUUCACGGGGGAAGCCUACGAGAACCACCAGGGCCUGUGUCCCCAAGAGAGCGUUUACUGUGAGAACAAGUGCGGGGCACGCAUGAUGCGACGGAUCCUGUCCCAGCACAUGCUGACGGAGUGCCCCAAGCGCACCCAGCCCUGCAGCUACUGUGCCAAGCAGUUCCUGUUCGACACCAUCCAGAACCAUGAAUACCAAUGCCCCCGCUACCCCGUGCCUUGCCCUAACCAGUGCGGGGUGCCCAGCAUCGCCAGGGAGGAUCUCAGCGGGCACCUGAAGGAGAACUGCACCACGGCGCUGGCGCUGUGCCCCUUCAAAGAGGCCGGCUGCAAACACCGGUGCCCGAAGCUGUCCAUGAGCCGCCACUUGGACGAAAACACGAAGCUCCACCUAGGCCUGAUGUGCGCCCUGGUGUCGCGGCAGCGCCAGGAGCUGUUGGAGCUGCGGCGCGAGGUGGAGGAGCUGGCCCUGGGCAGCGAAGGGGUGCUGAUCUGGAAGAUCGCCGACUACCCCCGGAAGCUGCAGGAGGCCAAGGCCCGCAGCAACUACGAGUCCUUCAGCCCCCCGUUCUACACCCACCGGUACGGCUACAAGCUCCAGGUGUCGGCCUUCCUGAAUGGGAACGGCAGCGGGGAGGGCAGCCACCUCUCGGUCUACAUCCGGGUGCUGCCGGGGCAGUACGACAACCUCCUGGAAUGGCCCUUCGCCUACCGGGUCACUUUCUCGCUGCUGGACCAGAGCGACCCUUCGUUGUCCAAGCCUCAGCACAUCACGGAGACCUUCCUGCCUGACCCCAACUGGAAGAACUUCCAGAAGCCUGGCUCGGGCCGUGCCUCCCUGGACGAGAGCUUGCUGGGCUUCGGCUACCCCAAGUUCAUCUCGCACGAGGACAUCAAGAAGCGGAACUACGUGCGGGACAGCUCCGUCUUCAUCAAGGCGUCUGUGGAGAUCCCCCAGAAAAUCCUCUCCUGAGCCGCUUGGUACCCACUCUGCCUGCAACGGACAAGGCGGGGGGGAUUUUCGACCUGUUUUGGGGGCGUGCAUCAUCAGGCCCCUUUUGGAAGCCCGUUCCCCCGCCAACUCCAGAUGGAUUCCUCUUACCCCAAAUUGGUGCUACCAGCAACGAGUCAGGAGAACGCCCCCCUGGCCUGGCUUGCGACCUUCUCCUCCUUUUUCCCGAGGGGCUGGGCUACCUCUCGAGGUGAACGUCACUGUUGUCUUUGCAGGCCUGCAACAGCAGUGGAGUUUUGCGGAGGGCGGAUCUGGGCCUUCGGCGCUGUGAUGACUUGAUCUUACUUGAUUCCCUCCUUUAAUUUUCCUCCCCAGCAGUUUCCUUUCUCCAAUCAGAAGCCAGCGUUCCCAUCUUUGGUCCCGGGAUGUGCCCGGGAACAAGGGAAGGCCUCUUUAAGCCCUGGACUCUCUUGCUUUUGAGUCCAGCUGGCACCCUUAAGAACUCUGACAUUCACCACCACCAGCCCCAAACCAGGUACAGCCAGGGCCUAGCAUUUUGAUGCUGCCCGAAAUCUCUCUUCCGGUGCCUAAACAUUUGAACCCUUCCAACCUCCUGUUUCGCACCUGUCCCAGUCGCCUCCAUGCCCCAAAAGCCAUAUUUUGUACGGUGAUCCCCCAGAUCUUGCCGCGGGGCUGGUCCUCCUUCGCCCAAUGGCAAAGGAGGAUCCUGGUACUAUUUUUUUAGGGUUUUGUCUUUUGCCCGUGGAGGCAGGGGUGGUGGGUUGGGAGCAGCUGCAACCUCUGCCCUGACCUGGCUUCUUUUUCCUGUGUCUCGCUGUGUGUUUUUUUAAAAAAUAAACAAUUUCUUGUAUUUAUUAA